AUGAGCUUUGUCGAGUUGCAAAAUGGGCUUUGUAAUAACAUUCAAAGCCACAUUUUGAAAAGGGUGAGCAACCUUUUAUACAGAAGUCCUGUGCAAGUAUUUGGUGGGCUAAUACAGUUUCAAUUAAUGCCCAUCACCGACGAUGCUAGUAUGCAGCAGAUGUUCUGUAUUUAUCAACAAACCCGAUUUCACGUGCCGAUGAUAGAGCUGUACGUUGAGUUUAAACAGCAGUCAGGGUCGGGCGCGGUCGGCGAGGAGGUCAAUGUUGAUGAGCUCGGGGAUAUAGAUUGGAAAGAAGAUAAUAAUGACAGUGAAGAGGAGUUCGAAGCUAACUAUGAAGUCGAUGACAAAAACGAUGACGGAGACUUGGCAGGCAAUCCGGAGGUGCAAAAUGAAGCAAAUGCGAUUGUAAGGCAGCACCCGUUUGGUGUUCCAUCUUUUAUGCGGACUCUAGAUCUCGAAGCCACGCAUGACCCGGAAUUUCCUGAGUAUGUGAAUACGGGUGAAGGCAACGCUGCGGCAGAAGAUGGCGAGUUUAGUGUUGGAAUGGAAUUUGGUUCGAGAGAGUCAGUGAUAUUUGCAAUCAAAAGCUACAUUAUCUCUAGAGGAGUUGAUUCCACUGUGUAUGAGUCUGAGCCGCAGACAUUCUAUGCGAAAUGCAAAGGGUAUAGUGCAGGAUGCGAUUGGCUUAUCCGAGCUAGCUUGAUUCGAAAGAAAGCUUGUUGGGAGAUCAGGAGAUACAAUGGCAAGCACACGUGCACCGUGGGAACGAUAUCACAAGAUCAUGCCAAGUUAGACUCGGACACAAUUGCAGAUGCCAUUAGGCCGUUGGUCGAAUCAGACCCCUCGAUAAAGGUGAAGUCUAUUAUUGCUGAAGUUUAA